AUGGGGGCAAAAAUUGAUCACUCCAAGAAUCAAGGGCAAGGGCCGUAUUGUUUUGUUUUGUCGGGCAUGAAUUACCAUAGUAUUGGCAGUUUGUUACCUCCGAAAGGUUGUAGGCCUGUCUACUCCCAGCUUUACAUAUACGAUACUGAAAAUGAGGUUGGAAAUCGCAUUUCUGCUUUCAGUAAACAUCAAAAGGACUCAAGUCUUGAUCCUAAAAUAGUUGCAAGUAUAAAAAGUAUGCUUGAUGAAGUGAAUCCAUUUGUCCAACAAUAUCGUUACGCAUCAUCAAUGAUUAAUGUGCAAGGACGCUCAGAAGUCAAAUUACAUCCAAUUAGCACACAAGAACAUGAUGGUCGCAUGUAUAAUAUGCCUUCAACGUCUGAAGCUGCUGCACUAAUAGUGGGAGACAUAGAUAUGUCUUAUAAUGUGAGAGAUAUUAUAGGUGAGGAGGUAUCAGGCUCAUCUAAACGUAUAAAUGAACUGCAUACUGCAUAUUUGCCACUUCAAUAUCCAAUAUUAUUUCCUUACAGAGAAGAUGGGUAUAGGGAUGAUAUUGAGCAUCGUGAGGAAACUCUUCAUGCCACAAAGAAGAAGAAAAGGCUAAGCAUGAGAGAGUACUUCACUUACAGGAUAAUGAUUAGGUGCAAUGAGAUUAGAAUUCAUCAAAAGGAGCUUCGAGUAGAUUUGUACCAAGGCUUAUCUGAUGCUUUAACAAGUGGAGAGAGAGAUGCAUCGUCCACAGGAAAGCGUAUCAUACUUCCGUCAUCAUUUACAGGAGGAGCAAGAUAUAUGUUAGGAAAUUAUCAGGAUGCAAUGGGUUUGUGUAGGUGGGCUGGAUAUCUUGAUCUUUUCAUAACCUUCACUUGCAAUCCUGCUUGGGUAAAAGUGUCAAGAUUAUGUGAACCAGAAUCGUUGCAUCCUUCUGAUAGACCAGAUAUCCUCUCAAGGGUAUUUAAGAUGAAACUGCAGUCUUUGAUGAGGGCUAUCAAAGAGAAGAAAAUAUUUGGGAGGGUUCGAGUAGAGGUGUACACCAUUGAGUUCCAAAAGAGGGGACUACCGCAUGCACACAUACUUUUAUUCCUCGAUCCAAGGGAUAAGAUCAAAGAUCCUGGUACAAUUGAUCAACUAAUCUCUGCUGAGAUACCUGAUAAGGCUUCAACACCUGAGUUAUAUGAUUUGGUGAAAAAGUUCAUGAUCCAUGGACCAUGUGGUUCACAUAAUCUAAAGUCACCAUGCAUGAAAGAUCAGAAGUGCACAAAGUAUUUUCCUAAGAAAUUCAAUAGCAACACAACAAUUGAUGAUGAUGGUUAUCCUACAUACAAGAGAAGAGAUGAUGGGAGAAAAAUUGAGGUCAAAUCUAUACCUUUAGACAAUCGAUAUGUUGUCCCCUACAAUCCAUUGUUGUUACAUAUGUUUCAAGCUCACAUCAAUGUUGAAAAGUGCAAUCAAUUGACUGCAAUUAAAUACUUAUUCAAGUAUAUUAGUAAAGUGAAUGAUAGGGUUGUUACUGGUAUAUUUGAUGCGGAUGGAGCACAAGUCUUUGAUGAAAUUCAGCAAUAUUGUAAUUGCAGGUACAUUUCUGCAUGUGAAGCUUCAUGGCGUAUAUUUGGGUAUGAUAUUCAUCAUAGAUAUCCUGCAGUUGAAAGGUUGAGUUUUCAUCUUCCUAAUCAACAAUAUGUGAUUUACUUCAAUUCUGAUGAUGUUGCUAAGUUGAUGGAGAAGCAAAGGGAAGCUGCAACAUUGGCUUCAGGGAACUCACUUAGAAAGAUGUUUGUUAGCAUGUUAUUGUGUUGCUGCUUAAACCGUCCUGAUCAUGUUUGGAAUGAAACUUCAAAAUUGCUAUCAGAAGAUAUGUUUUACGUUCCCCGAGCUAAUUUGGAUUUUUCAAGUCAUCACAUUCCAUUAUUGGAUAAGCAACAUGCUACACUUAAUGAAAUUGAUAAGUUGUUGAAAGCAAAUGGAAGGAGUCUUAAUGACUUUCCUUCUCUUCCUUUGCCUGUUGAUGUUCCAACUAUUGAUGUUUCAAAUAAGCUCAUUCUACAAGAAUUGAAUUAUGAUAGGGAAUCCUUACAUUUAGAGGCUAAAGAGUUAAUUAGGUCAUUAAAUAGUGAGCAAAAAGAAAUAUUUGAUAGGGUGAUGUCUUCGUUGAUUGUUGAUGAUUGCAAGGGUAGAUUCUUCUUUGUCUAUGGCUAUAGAGGAACAGGGAAGACAUUUUUGUGGAACGCAUUAACAUAUGCGUUACGUGCCAAAGGCGAUAUUGUAUUAACUGUCGCAUCAAGUGGAAUAGCAGUAACGUUAUUACCUUCUGGAAGAACUGCACAUUCCAAGUUUGCAAUCCCAAUUCAAAUUAAUGAUUCUUCAAUUUGUUCUAUCAAGCAAAAUUCUCCUUUAGGUCACUUAAUUAAGUGCAUGAAAUUAAUUAUUUGGGAUGAAGCACCAAUGGUUCAACAUUAUUGUGUUGAAGCGGUGGACCGUACGUUUAAGGAUAUCAUGCACUGUCAAGAACCGUUUGGUGGGAAAUGCAUAGUUAUGGGUGGUGAUUUUAGACAGAUCUUGCCAGUCAUUCCUAAAGGCAGUAGGGCAACUAUUGUUGAUGCAUGUAUUACUUCUUUGUUGUUAUGGAAUCAAUGCACUGUUUUUCGAUUGACAAGGAACAUGCGAUUGAACUCAUCCUCAAUUAAUCAAGGAACGUAUUUGUUGGAGUUCUCAAAAUGGUUGCUUGAUGUUGGAGAUGGAAAUUUAGGACUUCCCCAUGAUGGAGUAGCAGAGAUAGAGAUACCACAUGAAUUCUUGCUCACAAAUUACACUAACCCAUUUGAAGCAAUUGUGUCGUCCACUUAUUCUAAUCUCUGUAAUAAUUUCUCCAGGAAUGGUUACUUCACUGAUAGGGCCAUAUUGGCCCCAACAAUUGAGUACGUGAAUGAAAUAAAUGAAUAUAUGUGUUCUCUGCUACCUGGUGAAUCUGUUGAGUACUUAAGUUGUGACACAGUUUGUAGAUCAUCAGAAAAUAGUGACUCCUUUGAUAAUUUGUACACUACUAAGUUCCUGAACAGCAUAAAUUGCUCAGGUCUUCCAUCCCAUAAGCUUUCUCUAAAAGUUGGAGCACCUGUUAUGCUUUUGAGAAACAUUGAUCAAGCGUCUGGGCUAUGCAAUGGUACAAGACUCCGUAUAUCACAAUUGGGAAAGACAGUGAUAGAAGCUAUCACCUUGAAUGGAUCUAAACCAAAUGAGAAGGUCCUGUUGCAUAGAAUGGAUAUGAAUCCUUCAGAAAGUAGAUGGCCAUUUCGCAUGCAGAGAAGACAAUUUCCCAUUACCUUGUCAUUUGCAAUGACAAUAAACAAGAGUCAGGGGCAAUCACUUAAUUACAAGGUAUUGAAAAUCGGACCGGUAAUUGAACCGGUCAAGGCAAUGGGUCAAGGGUCAGUGGGUCAGACCAGAGUCAAACCGGGGGUCAAAUCGGACGGUACUGUAUCAAAGCAGCUGGAAUACAGUGAAGCCUAG